AUGACUCAAGUACUAGCGUAUCAGCCCAUGAGCAAAAUUGUCCAGCAAGAAAGCAUAGAUAUUCUUCACCAACUAGGCCUUGGAGGCAAAGAUGUAAGCUACUCAUCUUCAGAGACAUCUGUGGCAUCAACAUCUACACCAUUACCUCAGGGCAUCCACUUAACAGAAUCAGGUGUCAGUUUAAAAAACGAUGCUUAUAUUGAAUCACCUCUCAUAAACAUUUUACCUGCCAAUUUAGGACAGCCAUUUACAAUUUUAAUUGGGCUACAGUCACAUAGAGUGAACAAUGCAUUUCUCUUCAGCAUCCGGAAUAAAAAUAGGCUGCAAUUAGGGGUACAAUUACUACCUAAGAAAUUAAUGGUACAUAUUGGAGGGAAACAGUCUGUGUUUUUCAACUACAGCGUUCAUGAUGAGCAAUGGCACUCAUUUGCAAUUACUAUUAAAAACCGAACGGUCUCAAUGUUUGUUGAGUGUGGAAAGGACUACUUUAGCAGAGAGACUGUGUCAGAUGUUCAGUCCUUCGAUGCUAAAAGUGUGUUUACCUUAGGAAGUAUGCAUAAUAAUUCUGUCCAUUUUGAAGGAAUAAUAUGUCAGUUGGAUGUUAUUCCAUCUAUGGAGGUAUCUUCUGACUACUGCAGCUAUGUGAAACAGCAGUGCCGGCCAGCAGACAAACUGCAGCCUGAAACUCACCUUUCGCAUAGAACUGUCUUACCAGCUAAGACAACUGGACACCCUCUCCUGACCAAAGGACUUGCUGAAAAAGAAAUGUCCAAGAAUCCAUUCACUAAAGGCAAAAGCAUUCUAAGUGUCAUAAAUAAUGCUUCUGCAAUAGGGCAUGAAGGCUGGGAACACCAUAUAGCAAGCUCCCAGUUCACUUCUCUCCAUUCAGCAAAUGUCUCUGCUGUGGAUCAUACAAACUACAAGAUUCAAACCAAAGAAAUCCUUACUGAAGCUCAGACUCAGACAAAUUCAAGCCCCUCAAUGACCCACCAGAGCCUCAGUGAGGCAAGAAUCAAUACUGAGGAAAAAUUCAGUUCGCUCUUACACGUGCCAGACAAUGCCACCCAACAUUAUGAUAAAGUAGCUGGUCUGUCAUUGCUUAAGGAUAUGUCAUCUAGUUUUCCACGUACAAAUCAGGAUAUGAUUACUAGUCUCAAGAAGGCUAUAAGAGCAAAUCUACACACCAACGAACUCAUAGAAAUGGAACGGAUUCUAAAUGCUAGCUUAUAUAGAGUCAGAAAUGAGUCACCUGUGGAUAAUCACCUCGAUGGAAGGAAGGAAGGUGAAUUGUAUCCGGAUUCUACUACUCAUCCGGAUGGAAAUAGCUAUGAUGCUGAGCUCUAUGAUUAUUAUUAUUAUGAGGAUCUUAAUACAAUGCUGGAAAUGGAGUAUCUGAGAGGGCCUAAAGGGGAUCCUGGACCUCCUGGUCCACCUGGUCCAGCAGGUAUCCCGGGUCUGUCAGGCAAAAGAGGUCCACGGGGCAUACCAGGACCCCAUGGAAAUCCUGGGUUGCCUGGGUUACCAGGUCCAAAGGGCCCCAAAGGUGAUCCAGGAUUUUCUCCAGAUCAAGGUGCUUCUGGACAAAAGGGUGAUCAAGGUCUUUUUGGAUUAAUAGGACCUCCUGGUUUGCAAGGUGAAAAGGGUCUCAAAGGACAUCAAGGGCUCCCAGGACUCCGUGGAGAACAAGGAAUUUCAGGACUUACUGGUAGUCCCGGGUCACCUGGCUACCCUGGCAGGCAGGGUUUGGCUGGAUCAGAAGGGAACCCAGGUCCUAAAGGUGCAAGAGGUUUCAUCGGUUCUCCUGGAGAAGCAGGACAACUGGGGCCUGAAGGAGAAAGGGGCCCUCCUGGAAUCCAUGGGAAAAAGGGUAUAAAGGGAAGACAGGGCUUCCCCGGGGACUUUGGAGACAGAGGCCCAGCUGGGCUGGAUGGCAGUCCUGGACUUAUUGGUUGCAUUGGUCCUCCGGGAUUUCCUGGGCUUAGAGGCAGUGUUGGCCCAUUGGGACCUGUUGGACCUUCUGGAAUUCCUGGCCCAAUGGGCCUUUCAGGGAAUAAGGGACCACCUGGAAUCAAAGGUGAUAAGGGUGAACAAGGCAUUCUAGGAGAACCAGGAGAACCAGGGUAUCCUGGAGACAAGGGCAUGACGGGUUUGUCAGGACCACCAGGAAUCAGAGGAAAACCAGGACCCUCAGGCCAACUUGGUGACCCCGGCCCCCAAGGACCACCUGGCCCUCCAGGACCAGAGGGUUUUCCUGGAGACAUUGGGAUUCCUGGACAUAAUGGCCCCGAAGGACCAAAGGGACUUCUUGGAAAUAGAGGGCCUCCUGGGCCUCCUGGUCUCAAAGGAACUCAGGGAGAAGAAGGACCAAUUGGACCCUUUGGAGAACUGGGUCCAAGAGGAAAACCAGGUCGAAAGGGCUAUAUGGGUGAACCAGGACCAGAAGGCUUAAAGGGAGAAGUAGGAGAUCAAGGAGAUAUUGGGAAAGUUGGUGAAACAGGACCUAUUGGUUUACCUGGAGAAGUAGGGAUGACUGGAUGCACUGGCGAAAAGGGAGAACGAGGAAGUCCGGGCCCAGUAGGUCCCCAGGGAGAAAAGGGUGUUAUGGGAUAUGAAGGUCCUCCUGGAGUUCUAGGACCCGUGGGGCCAUUGGGAUUGCCUGGUCAUGUGGGAGCAAGAGGACCACCUGGGAAUCAAGGUCCUAAAGGACAAAGAGGCCCAAGAGGACCAGAUGGUCUCCCUGGGGAACGAGGUACACAAGGUGCCAAGGGUGAGAGAGGAAAUCAAGGGAAACGAGGGCCUCAUGGUCUUUCUGGCAAGGCGGGAAACCCUGGAGAGAGAGGAGUUCAAGGGAAGCCAGGAUUAAAAGGCCUCCCUGGCAGUACAGGAGACAGGGGAGCUGCAGGAGAACCUGGACCACGGGGACUGAAAGGUGACACUGGACCUCCUGGAGAAACUGGUGUUGAGGGACCACCAGGCCUUGAGGGAGAAUCCGGUGUGCAGGGCGAGCCAGGUGCUAAGGGCGAUGUUGGGCCUGUGGGCAGCACUGGAGGAGCUGGAGAACCAGGGUUGCGAGGUGAACCAGGAGCUCCUGGAGAAGAAGGUCUCCAAGGAAAAGAUGGAUUAAAGGGUUUGCCAGGAGGAAGAGGACUUCCUGGAGAGGAUGGAGAAAAAGGAGAAAUUGGCUCACCAGGAACUGCAGGAUCCUUGGGUAGACUAGGUCAAAUCGGCCUUCCAGGACCAGAAGGAAUCGUGGGAACUCCAGGACUAAGAGGCCGUCCAGGAAAAAAGGGUGAGAAGGGACAAAUAGGACCCACGGGAGAAGUUGGAAGCAGAGGUGCUCCUGGACAAAUUGGAGAACGUGGUCCUAAGGGUGCCAGAGGAACUAGAGGUGCUGUGGGUCCUUUAGGAUUGAUGGGACCUGAUGGAGAACCAGGAAUACCAGGAUAUAUGGGCCACAAAGGUCAACCAGGACUGUCCGGAUUGCCAGGACCUAAGGGAGAAAAGGGUGGCCCAGGAGAAGACAGCAAACUCCUUGGACCACCUGGGCCUCCAGGUGAACCAGGCCCCAUAGGGGAACAAGGAGAGAGAGGAGACCCUGGAGCAGAGGGAUAUAAGGGCCAUGUGGGUGUACCAGGACUCAGAGGUGCCACUGGACAACAAGGCCCCCCAGGUGAACCAGGAGAGCAAGGUGAACAAGGACUGAAAGGAGAGAGGGGAUCUGAAGGCCCUAAGGGGAAAAAGGGAGCUUCUGGUCCUCCUGGGAAAGCUGGCAUUCCUGGACUCCCAGGCCUUCCUGGGCCAAAAGGCACGCAAGGAUACCAUGGACCUGAUGGCACAUCCGGAAAUCCUGGAACAACUGGGCUACCAGGAAAACAGGGACUUCCUGGCAUCAAAGGCAGCCAAGGAAAAAUAGGACUGGCUGGUUUUCCAGGUCCACGAGGAGGAAAGGGCUCAUCAGGCCUGCCAGGAAGCCCUGGAAUCCCAGGCCCAAAGGGUGAACAAGGGCUUCCUGGUCAACCUGGAAUUCAAGGUAAAAGAGGUCUCAGAGGAGUCCACGGUGAUCAAGGGCCACAAGGACAGCCUGGCCUGAAAGGGCAGCCUGGAGAACAUGGUGACCAAGGUUUGACAGGCUUCCAAGGAUUCCCAGGCCCCAGAGGCCCUGAGGGAGAUGCUGGCAUUGUUGGAAUAUCAGGUCCUAAAGGUCCUGUUGGGCACAGAGGAAACACAGGCCCUCUCGGCAAAGAAGGAAUAAUAGGUCCAACAGGUAGAACUGGACCCAGAGGAGAAAAAGGCUUCAGAGGUGAAACUGGUCCCCAAGGACCAAGAGGUCAUCCGGGACCUCCGGGUCCGCCUGGAGCACCAGGUCCACGAAAACCAAUGGAUAUCAAUGCUGCUAUUCAAGCCUUGAUUGAAUCAAAUACUGCCCUACAGAUGGAGAGCUACCAGAAUACUGAAGUGACUUCAGUGGAUCAUGGUACACAGAUAUUCAAAACACUGAGUUACCUUAGCAAUUUACUGCACAGCAUCAAGAAUCCUCUUGGCACACGAGAUAACCCAGCACGAAUCUGCAAAGAUUUGCUUAACUGUGAACACAAAGUGUCAGAUGGAAAAUACUGGAUUGAUCCAAACCUUGGAUGUGCUUCAGAUGCCAUUGAAGUUUUCUGCAAUUUUAGUGCUGGUGGCCAGACAUGUUUAUCUCCUGUAUCUGUAACAAAGUUGGAGUUCGGCAUUGGGAAAGUUCAGAUGAACUUCCUUCAUUUACUGAGCUCAGAAGCCACCCAUAUCAUCACCAUUCACUGUCUGAAUGACCCAGGGUGGACAAGUGCACAAACAAUUGGCCCAGGAUUGCCUAUUGGUUUCAAAGGAUGGAAUGGGCAGAUUUUUGAGGAAAACACUCUACUUGAACCUGAAGUGCUUUCAGAUGACUGCAAGAUUCAAGAUGGCAGCUGGCAUAAGGCAAAGUUCCUUUUUCACACCCAGGACCCUAAUCAACUUCCAGUAGUUGAAGUACAAAAACUUUCUCAUUUCAAAAAAGAACAAAAAUAUUACAUUGAAAGUAGUUCUGUAUGCUUUCUCUAGUCUCUGGAUUAGUUUAGAAUUCAUACUGUUGGCCAGGUAAUUGCUGCAGAAAGAAAAAUAUAGUCAGAAUGAUGCUGUCAUUCAUUAUGAAAUGCACAAAAUAAAGAUAUUGGCUAUAUCAUAAAAAAAUCUCAGGAAGAAAAGAGUUCCUCCUAAGAAGGAAAAAAAGGCAUUUUUAAAAGACUAUGGAUGAUAAAGUAUUUAAUUCUUUAAAAAAUGUUUUUUAUUAAUCUGAGCUUUCUUAGAGAAUUCCCUAUAAACUUGGAAUUUUUCAGGGUAAUUAUAUAUAUAUAUAUAGAUUUUUUUUUGGUCUGAGAGCGAAG